AUGUCUACGAUACGAAGGAAAUUUGGCGAUGAUUACCAGGUAGUGAACACCAACAUGACUUUCUCAGCACCCGUGAGGAAAAAACGACAACGAUUUGUAGACAAGAACGGGCGGUGCAACGUCCAGCAUGGUAACCUUGGUGGGGAAACCAGCCGGUAUAUCUCCGACCUUUUCACCACAUUAGUGGACCUAAAGUGGCGAUGGAACCUACUCAUAUUUAUCUUAACCUACACUAUCGCAUGGCUUGUUAUGGCAUCUAUGUGGUGGAUAAUUGCCUAUAUCCGCGGUGACCUAAACCACGGCCACGACUCAUCCUACACCCCGUGCGUCGCUAAUGUCUACAACUUUCCUUCUGCUUUUUUGUUCUUUAUUGAAACAGAGGCAACAAUCGGAUAUGGCUACCGCUACAUCACUGAAAAGUGUCCAGAGGGCAUUAUUCUUUUUCUUUUUCAGUCGCUACUCGGUUCCAUCGUGGAUGCUUUUCUCAUUGGCUGCAUGUUUAUUAAGAUGUCCCAGCCAAAGAAGCGCGCGGAAACGCUUAUGUUCAGCCAAGAUGCAGUCAUUUCGCAACGGGACGGAAAAUUGUGCCUCAUGUUUCGAGUUGGAAAUCUACGGAACAGCCACAUGGUAUCAGCCCAGAUAAGGUGCAAACUCAUUAAGUCUCGCCAGACCCCGGAGGGAGAGUUCCUGCCCCUGGACCAGUGUGAGCUGGAUGUUGGGUUUGGGACAGGGUCUGACCAGCUUUUUCUGGUGUCUCCUCUGACUAUCUGUCAUGAAAUCAACACCAAGAGCCCUUUCUUUGACCUUUCUCAGCGCUCACUCUGUAAUGAGCAGUUUGAGAUAGUUGUUAUUCUAGAGGGCAUUGUGGAAACCACUGGUAUGACAUGCCAGGCCCGGACAUCUUACACAGAGGAUGAGGUUUUGUGGGGCCACCGUUUCCUGCCUGUCAUGUCCUUGGAGGAAGGUUUUUUUAGAGUUGACUACUCCCAGUUCCACAACACAUUUGAAGUCACCACUCCCCCCUACAGCAUGAAGGAGCAUGAGGAGCAGGCCUCCCUUACUUGGCCCAACUCCACCUUCUUUGUGCCCUCGCCUAUCUCCCCCACCCUGGGGAAUGGAAGCCGCCGUGGUCAUAUAGAGAGACUGCUGUCAGUGGACCGCGGUGAGGACCAAGAAGGGAGGCUCCCAGGUAGGAGCUCAGGUAAAGAAGAGCAUGUCCACUGGACCCUGGCAGCUGGCAAGACCCAGCCAGGGGAGAAGGCCUGCAACUCAGAACCGUCCAGCUUCAUUAUUGCAUCUGGGUGGAAGGGAGGGAUGGAGGAACAUCUAGUGGCCUUGGAGGGUGGGCCUAAGGAGCCAAUGGUCCGUUCAGCAGGUGAGAUGGAGAAGCAUGUCUUGAGCCCCAUCCCUGCCCCUGCUCCAACCCAAGUUCAGAUGUCUUUGGCUGGGGCUAGGCUAGAGAAUAAUUUGCCUGCUAAAUUGCGCAGGAUGAAUGCAGACUAUUGAAUGAUUGACUACAACUAGCAGAUGGUUUGACACAAACUCUGUAAUAGAUGAUAAUCAGUUAUGACUGUGGUAAAUGGACAGUACUGUGAAAACCUUGCCUAUUUUAGCUAUUUUGAUUCAUACGUAUUCUGCUUUGAAGUGGUUCAUUGCCUUAAAUACAAGGAUAAUGCUAAUAAGCCGUUCUAAUACAUAUUGUACAAUAUUUUCCUUGUGUGUUUUUCCCCCCCAAAACACUACUGAGUACUGUC